UUCUCCAGUGUAGAUCCCUCUGUUGGGCUAUGUGCGCAAGUAGCUAAAAUUGUUUAGAAUGUUGUGCAGUUCUGUUCAGUUAUUCACAUAUGUUGCUUUUCAAGCUCGAAUUAUUUCUAAGUGUUUCAGCAGUGACAUAUUUGACUUGUAGUAUGGCCACUACGCGAAUCGCCGGCGAGGGUAACUCACCUCUCCUCCAUUUUCAACGCACUGUGAGAUAUCAAAAGCAUCCUGGAUGGACCUGGGGGAAAACAACUGGUCCAUGGUCAAGCGCGAAGUGUCCAGUAGCCCGGGGUCGCCGGCUGAACACAGCUACAUACACGGUGACAGGAGAGACCGGCACACCUCAGACGAGCUGAGGUCAUCUGCGCCGCCGACUCCUCUCGACGCAGGAAACCGGCGGACCGAGAGCAGGCCUCUACACUCCUACGUUCACUUUGGACAUCCAGUCAACGCCCUGCCGAAUUCGGAGGACAUUACGCUCUUCACGGAUUUAGACCAGAGCAAUAAACUCAUCAUCUCAGGUGGCGCACACAAAGCUGGCCUUAUCGUGGACCCCAGCGACAUGUAUCAGACCCUGGCCAUCGCUCAGACCCAAGCCACUUACGAUUCGCCUUCGGCUGGUUACAUGCACUCCAACCCUAACUCUCCUGUGUAUGUGCCGACAUCCCGGGUCGGACCCAUGAUACCGAGCUUGCCUUACCUGCAGCCAGGUGUGUCGUCGCAGCCAAGCCAUGCGAUAAGCAGUCAUUCGGUGUGGUCACAGUCUACUCCCGAGAGCCCGUCGUAUAACACGGGUAGCCCUCACACCUCCAACCGUUUUCACUACUCCCCAAGCCCACCGAUGAACAACGGCACGUCAAGGGACUCUAGCUAUUCCAACCCGCUGAAUGCAAACGGCCGAGACCAAUACUUGCCUCGAUCCAUAGGUGGAUCUUACACCAGUCCGUAUCCUCCUUACGUGGCGCCGCAGCUGCCGCAGCUGCCGACGGCUUGGCCCGGAACACCUUUCGAUAACUCCAUGCUUCACUCUUUGCAAACCAGAGGCGCCCCGCUUCCAGUUCGACCAGGGCCUGGAGAUCUACUCGACGACAUGGUGGAGAGUCGGGAGUGUGUCAACUGCGGCUCCAUUUCCACCCCGCUGUGGAGACGCGACGGCACAGGCCACUUUCUCUGCAACGCCUGCGGUCUGUACAGCAAAAUGAAUGGGCUCAGUCGACCAUUAAUUAAGCCGCAGAAGCGAAUGUCUUCUUCUAGACGAAUUGGGCUUUCCUGUGCUAAUUGCCAGACUAGCACUACCACCCUUUGGCGCAGAAACGCAGAGGGUGAACCGGUGUGCAAUGCCUGUGGACUCUACACAAAACUACACGGGGUGCCCAGGCCCCUUGCUAUGAAGAAAGAAGGUAUUCAGACGAGGAAAAGAAAGCCGAAAAACUUGAACAAAACAAAGGGAUCAUCCGGAAGUAGUUCAGUUCCUAUGACUCCCACGUCAUCAUCGUCCUCGACUUCAGAAGAGAGCUCGAAGAAUAGUUCUCCUUCAACGCAGGUGCCCGCGACCUCGGUGAACUCCUCUACUAUGGUCUCAGGUACCACAGGCUCAGUUGGGAAGUACCCUGGCCAGGAUGGACUCUACACAAACGUGGGACUAACUUCGACCGGUGACGUUGCAGCAUCCGUCCGAGGGGACACUUGGUGCCCCAUGGCCUUGGCCUGACCCUGGCUCUCAUUGGACAGAGCCUGCCUCACUGUACUCUGCCUCUCCGCAUCACCCCUGGCAUUGUUCUUGAAAUGGCCGCUUCUGUCCCGGUCUGCAGUUGUCCUCCAUCGGUUUUCUUUUUCCUCAUUUGCUUCAUGGUCUCAAGCUUCCUUCAGCUUUGGAGAGCUCGUGCAGGUGCAAUGUACAAACUACUACUCCAGGGUUUUUGUUUUAGUUUUUGUUUGCUUGUUUGUUUGUUUUUGUGGCUCAUCCAUGGAAUACGCUCUUUGGAUGUUCACAGUGGAGGCUAUGAGUGCCGGAGGAAAGGUCCUCACCAUGGUGUCCUUACAGCUUGCCUUUGGUACUUUCAGAACACACACUGCACUACGAGUUUCAUUUGGAGGAGUACAUGGAUCAAAAUGCUAUAGUAUGUGUGUGUGCGUAUAUAUACAAUAGUGCUAAUGGAUAUUUUAUUUGUUUCCACCUGGAAGGCUUUUGAUUGGACUAAGAUGAUCUCAACAGAAGAAAAACACUGCAUUAGAAAUGGUAACAGGAAGUAUUAGAAAUGUUAAGUCUGAUCUGUCUGAAACUGGAACUGAAGAUGUGUAAGAAUCUCCUCCCUGAAUGAAUGAAAUGUAUUUAUGAAGCUAGUUGUUAAAAUUAAUGCUUUUUUUUUUUUGUCAAAUAAAAUUGAUAUGUUAGAGUAGGACUGAAUCCUUGUUCUUCUGUUUUAAGUCUCCCUUUACAAGCAUGUCUUUGUUUGCAGUGUGGCAUGAAUUGAUGCCAAACCCCCCCCCCACCACCAUCCCAACCACCCCCAUAUUAAGAAAAGCUCUUAUCAAAAUUGACUGCAAUUUUGAUGGUUUAAUACAGGGUAUCAGAAAUGAGAGGAACCGCUACGUUGCUUGUACCUUCUUGCUUGAUUUUUUCCCCCAUGUUGCUGUUGAUCAGUGUCAAAUCAACACUCAAUGAUCCAACAUAAUUGCAUUGUAAAGUGAAUGGUACUGCUAUGACUUUGUGUAAGCUGAUUCUGAAAGAUUUAAGGAGCAAAUUUCAAUAAGUUUCAUAAUUACAGAAAAAUAGAAAGUGCAACCACAGUGAUCAUUAUCUUUCAGAACAAACGGCACUCAGGAUUUGUUUUCUGAUGCAACCUUUGUUACAAUACACAACUGCUAAAGAAAUUUGCUGCGUUCUUUUUUUUAUUGUGAGACAUAACUACCUAACUUAUAGCAUUUUUGAAUGCUAAAUAAUAGUUCUUUUUUCUUUCUUACAAUUAAAUACAGAUCUGUGGUCCCAGUUAUUAUAUUCACUGUAGGAGAGGGAUUAUGUUUUAAGUUUGUACAGUGAUUUUGUUAUAAAAAAUAUCAAUCACAUUGACAAAGAAAGCUCAAUGCUUCUUGUUAGUUGUCAUUUUGACCACAGAUGUGCUAUUAAAAUAACUGAUGUUUCAGGUGACAUAUUGCACUCAGUCUUGUCACACCCAAAAUGGCUUCGUGACGAACAGCUUUGGAGUAGGUAUGUGGUUAUCCUGGAAUGAUCUAUGUAGACCUUUUUUUGAUUUUAAAUAGGGUCUUGGGAGCAUGAGAAGGACUGUUGAAAUAUCUCUUGAAGGGCCAUACUUCUUUCACUGCAGCAAGGAAGUUCAGUAGAUCCUAAGUUAUUUAGCUCAGCCAAGACACUGUGUGAGUAACACAAGCAACAUUUGACUACAAUCCUUAUCAUUCUCUUUUACAAACUUAAAAGUUAUUUAUUUUGUAAAUGUGUUUUUCUUAGAAGUGUUUUCUUAUUUUAUUUGGAAUAAUGUAUUUGUAUUCUAUGGUUGCAUUUUGGAAUAAUUUCAGUUUUAAACAUUAUUAACUGUUCUGGUGAAAAUUUGAGCAUCAUAUGAUUUCCCCAUUUUAAAUUUUUUGUCACCUAUACAUCUCAGUGAUUAUAUACUGGCAUUAAGAUAUUUUCAGGAUUACGUUUUGAAUUUGAAAGAACUUUGCAGAAUCUGUAAUUACAACAGUUAAUAAAAUCGCUUUGUUACAAUUUUUGUUUAAAUUUGGAAUCACAGCUAUUUUCCAACUAUUUGUAAUGUUUGAUGAGAUACCAUGUCUGUUAGACUAUUAGCUGGGUUUCACCCAAUUCUCUUCCUUACCGCAAUGGAUGGCCACUAAGCAAGUCAUAGGUAAUAUCCAACAUUACUGACCCAAAAUCUGGAAUUUGUCUUGCUUAUUUGUUGUUGUUGUUGUUUUUUUGUUUUUUUUUAAAUUUGCAAAUGUUUCAUCUAAUCCUCCUCCAGAUGAGUUCACCCACACUGGAAAAAUAAACAAGAACAGCAAAUAAAUGACUGUUUCUUCUUCUUCUA